AUGACAUCACCAGAUUCAACAGUCACCACUGUAAUAAACACAAGGGACACAUGGCCAACUGUAACGACAAAUAUCACUCCAGUAGUCUCAACAGUCUCAAUGACAACUGGACUAGAGGAACAAUCAAGCUUACCCACUUCCACCACUUCUAGUGAGGAAACAUCAGCAUCUUCUCAGGACCACCAGACUCAGAGCAUGGAAACCACCAGAGAAACUCAAAGCUCCACCCUCACAGAUGUGACCACAUCCACUCCCUCAUCAUCCCCACGGGGACACACUCUUACAGAAGGCACUCCCCAGCAGACAUCCUCUUCAGGUGAAACAACGGCUUCUUCCCUAGCCAGGAUGAGCCACACACCUGUGACAACCUCAGAAAUAUUGACAGCACGAACUGUAAGCAACACAUCUCCUACAACAUCAGAGAUGAUGAGUUCCCCAGUUUCAACAGACACCACUAGAGAAAACAGAAGGGACACAUCACCAACUGUAACAACAAAUAUCACUCCAGUGGUAUCAACAGUCUCAGUGACAACUGGACUAGAGGAACAAUCAAGCUUACCCUCUUCUACCACUUCUGCUGAGGAAAUGUCAGCAUCUUCUCAGGACCACCAGACUCAGAGCAUAGAAACCACCAGAGAAACUCAAAGCUCCACCAUCACAGAUGCGACCACAUCCACUCCCUCAUCAUCCCCACGGGGACACACUUUUACAGAAGGAACUCCCCAGGAGACAUCCUCUUCAGAGGAACAAUCAAGCUUACCCUCUUCCACCACUGCUGCUGAGGGAACAUCAGCAUCUUCUCAGGACCACCAGACUCAGAGAAUAGAAACCACCAGAGAAACUCAAAGCUCCACCAUCACAGAUGUGACCACAUCCACUCCCUCAUCAUCCCCACGUGGACCCACUUUUACAGAAGGAACUCCCCAGGAGACAUCCUCCUCAGGUGAAACAACCACUUCAUCCCCAGCCAGUGUGAGCCGCACACCUGCGACAACAUCAGAAAUGUUGACAGCACCAACCUCAACAGACACCACUGUAGGAAGCACAAUAGACACAUCACCUUCUGUAACUAGCUAUUUUCCUCCAUUCAGUUCUAAAGUUUCUACAACAUGGCAGUCAGUAGUACAAUCAACUCCACUCUCUACCAGUUCUUCAACUCCAGAAACAUCUACAGUUUUUCACACCCACCAGAGCAAAGGCACAGAGACCACGGGGUGGCCCUAUACCAGAAGCACAAUCUCUACAGGUGUUUCUGAUGAAACAUUUACUCGAGGUAAAACAACAACAGUCACUUCCUCAUCCUUCAGUGACAGCCACACGACUCAGUCACAAAAAGAACCGUUGUCAACACCAGUAGCUGCCACUACAUUAACUGCAGAAAGAACAUAUACUUCCCCAGCUAGUACUUCUUGGGUUGCGUCUAAGGUCUCAACAAUAGGCGAACAGAAAGAGCCUACCACACACCACUCUCUGAGCACAUCUUCUCAGCAAACAACAGCGGCGUUUUCCCAGCCUCAUUGGACACAAGGGACAGAGACCACUGGAGGUACUCAUGUCAGCAGCACAAGCUCCAAUAUGACUCAAACCAUUGAAACAGUCACAUCCACACCUCCUUCAUCCAUACUAAGUGGACACACAUCUCAACAAACUGUAGCAGCAGGCCCAGCAAGGCAGUCAACACCACUCUCUGCCAGCAUCUCUCCUCAAGAAUCAUCAGCUAUUUCCCAAAUAGGUCCCACUCAAGGCACACAGACCACACAAGAAUCCCAUACCAUGAGUUUAUUCUCCCCCAUGAUGAACACAAUCAAAACAGUCACGUCUGCAACUUCUUCAUUCAAACCAAGUGGACACUCGCUCUCAGAAAGUGUGCCUCAGGACACGUCCACCACAGAUGAAGUGACAACCUUCAUCCCAGCACCCUCCAGGGAGAACCACACAACUCAGGCCACUACCACUACCACAGGACUGUGGACAGCACCAACGUACCCCGACACCACCCUGGGAACCUCAGGCGGCACAUCACUUUCCAUAACAAACACCAUUCGUCAGGCCACCUCUGUAGUCUCAACCUCGGGAGGCCAAGGAGAACAAUCAACAUCCCCUGCUACCAGCGCCUCACUUGACACAACAUCAGCCAUUUCCCAAACCCAUCAGACUCAAGGCACGGUGACCACUAGAGAACCGCACACCAGUACGUUGGCCUCAUUGGUGAUGGACACCACCUUGCGGGGCACAGCUCCUGCUUUGUCAUCCACGGGAAGCAGCCAAACAACUUCAGGAAGUGCUCCCCCAGAAACAUCUACCUCAGGUAAGAUCAAGAGUUUCUCACCAACUUCCUCCAGGGAAAGCCACCCAACUCUGUCAACGACCAAACUGUCCACUGCAACCAGUCCUGACACUACUCCAGGAACCACAGGACUGGGGUCCGUUAUUGUCUCCAGCACCAUUUCAACCAUCAUCUCUGAGGUCUCAACAACAGGGAGACCUACAGGACAGUCACGCCCAGCUUCUCCCAGCACCUCUCUUCAGGAAAUAUCAGCCAUUUCCCAGAUGGCUCAGACUCAAAGUAUAGGAACAAUCAAAGGACCUGAAACUGUCAGUUCAGUCUCCCAGGUGACUGAAACCUUCUCAGCAGUCACAUCUCCACCUCCUUCAUCCACAUCAAAUGUACACACACCUCCACAAACUGUUACCCAUACACUGUCACCUUCAAGCACCAUCACCUGGAGCUCCACCACCCUAUUCACAGGUCACCCCACUCAUCUGUCUGUUACCAGCACUUCUCCACCAUCCACAGCAUCCUUAAGCUCCUCCGUGAAGACUGAGACAUCAGGAACAAUCAUAACCUCACAGAAGACAGACAGUGGGAGAAGCACAGCAACAUCACUACACUCAACAACCUCCCAGACCCUUACCACGUCCACCGCUGGCACUUCCAGAGGCACCCGUUCAACAGCUGCCCCAGUCCCUAUCAAGCCCGAGAAAGGCAUUUCCCUCUUCCCUUACGGGCUGCGUGCUGGAGACCAGGAGUUUGUCAAGAGGACUGUGGACUUCACCUCGCCUCUCUUCAAACCCCAGAUUGGCUUCCCCCUCGGCUCCUCUCUCCGGGAUUCCCUCUAUUUCACAGAUAAUGGCCAAAUCAUUUUUCCGGAGUCAGAGUACCAGAUUUUCUCCUACCCCAACCCUCCCCUUGGAGGCUUUACAGCCUGGGAUUCUGUGGCCCUGGUGGCUCCAUUCUGGGACGAUGCUGAUUUCUCCAGCAGCCGGGGAACCAUAUUUUACCAGGAAUACGAGACUCUCUAUGAUGAAUACAACCUGCUAGUGAGGGACGUGGAGUCUUGGAUUAAAAAGUUAACAAACACCUGGAACUACAAAGCCAGGUGGACGCUAAAGGUCACGUGGGUCCAAGUCCCCCCCUAUCCUGCCUGGUGGACCAUCGGGACCAACACCUACCAGGCCAUCCUUUCCACAGACGGGAGCAGGUCCUACACCAUGUUUCUCUACCAAAGCGGCGGUAUGCAGUGGGAUGUGACCCGGCGCCCAGACAACCACGUCCUGAUGGGCUUCUCCAGUGGAGAUGGGUAUUUCAAAAAUAGCCCAUUGACAUUCCAGCCAGUGUGGGAGAAGUAUCGUCCAGACCAAUUCCUGGAUUCCAACUCAGGCUUCCGAGGGCUGCAAAUCUACAAGUUACACAAGGAAGAAAAGCCCAACUACCGUCUCCAGUGCCUGCAGUGGUUGAAGAGACAGUCUCAGUGGCCCAGCUGGGGCUGGAACCAGAUCUCCUGCCCGUGUUCCUGGAGGCAGGGACUAUGGGACUUGAGAUUCCAGCCCAUCAACAUAGCCUGGUCGGGCCUUGGCAGCAGGCACCUGUGCAGCUUCUCCUCCUGGCGAGGGGGCGUGUGCUGCAGCUACGGACCCUGGGGAGAGCUUCUCCAAGGCUGGAGAGUGCAGAGUCCUUGGCAGUUUGACCAAGAACUGGAGCCACAGAACUGGUGUUGCCGUUUCAACGACAAGCCCUCCUUCUGCGCCCUGUACCAGCUCAGGAGGCCCGGCGUCAGCUGCGCUGGAUACCAGCCCCCGAGGCCAGCCUGGAUGUUUGGGGACCCCCACAUCACCACCUUGGAUGGUGCCAAUUACACCUUCAAUGGGCUGGGAGACUUCUUGCUGGUCCGGACCCGGGAUAGAAACUCCUCCUUCCUGCUGCAGGGCCGCACUGCCCAGACCGGCUCGGCCCAGGCCACCAACUUCAUUGCCUUCGCCGCUGAAUACAACUCCAGCAGCCUGGACCCCAUCACGGUUCAAUGGCUCCUUGAGCCCAGUGACACAAUCCACGUCCGGCUCAACAACCAGACUGUAACAUUUGAGACUAACCGUGAAGGCCAGGAGAUGUUCAACACCUCUGGGGUUGUAAUGACCCGCAAUGGCUCCAUGGUAUCAGCCAACUUUGAUGGGGCAGUGACCAUCUCAGUGAUCGCUCUCUCCAACAUCCUCCACGCCUCCUGCAGCCUCCCGGAGGAGUAUCAGCACCACACAGAGGGCCUCAUGGGCUUCUGGAACGGCAACCCAGAUGACGACUUCAGGAUGCCCAAUGGCUCCACCCUUCCCCCAGGGAGCUCCGAGGAGAUGCUUUUUCACUAUGGAAUGGCCUGGGAAAUCAACGGAACAAGCCUUUUUGGCAAGAGGAGCGACCAUUUGCCUUCCAACUUCACCCCUGUCUUCUUUUCACAACUGCUGGGAAACAAAUCUUUGAAUGAAAAUUUGACCUCCAAGUGUAAUGGAGAUAAACAGUGCAUCUACGAUGCCCUGGCCACAGGAAACAAAAGCCUUGGACUGUACACUGGGAUGCUCUUUAGAAGAUACCAGCAGAUGAACACCACCCUAAAUCAGUAUCCCCCCUCUAUUGAGGGUCCUGACAUGAUGGAAGCCUACAUGGGACAGGCCAAGCUGUUUAAUUACACCAGCAGCACUAAGGACGUCACAUUCACUCUCAGAAACAACUACACUGACUUCAAGUUCUUUGAGAAUGGGACAUUGCUAUGGACACCAAAGUUGCUGGGACCAUUUACUCUGGAGAUUCUAGCAAGAAGUGCCAAGGACAACUUGUCAUCUGUACUCAAGCCAAGAACAGUGGUCUGUGCGUGCAAGGCAGAGAGCCAGUGUUUAUACAACCAGACCAGCCGGGUGGGCAAUUCCUCCCUGGAGGUGGCCGACUGCAAGUGUGACGGGAGCACCUUAGGCCGCUACUGCAACCGCUCCAAGGACCCCUGUGACGAGCAGUGCUUCCCGAAUGUGAAGUGCAUUUCCGGCAAGGGCUGCGAGGCCUGCCCCCCGAACCUGACUGGGGAUGGACUUCACUGUGCACCUCUGGAGAACCCCUUCCUCUGUCAGAACAAGUCCUGCCCUGAGAAUUACUGCUACAACAACGGCCACUGCUACAUCUCCCAGACUCUGGCCUGCCAGCCCGCCUGCAUCUGUCCCCCAGCCUUCACCGACACCCGCUGCUUCCUGGCUGGGAACAAUUUCACUCCAACCGCCCGUCUAGAGCUUCCCUUAAGGAUCAUCCAUCUCUCGCUCAUUGAAGACGAAGGUGCCUCCCAAGCAGAUGUCAAUGCCUCGGUGGCCUAUAGACUGAGGAACCUGGAUGUGCGGGCCUUUCUCUGGAACAGACAAGUGGAUCGAAUUGAACCCCCAAUAGCACUGGCCUCAGGAAGCUCCCUUUACUGCUGGAGCAUUAUCUCGGAGUUCCAGUACCGCCCUGGGGGCCCUGUCAUCCACUUCCUGAAUACCCAGCUGCUAGACGCAGUGGUGGAGGCGUUCUUAACUCCAUGGAGGAGGUGGAAGAGAAGUGCGGGGCCCAGGAACAACGUGACCUUCCACCCCGUCUUCAGGAGGGACGUGUACAGUAUUAUGGCUCUGAAUGUGAGCACGCUGGAAACUUACUUCCAAUGCAGCGGAUACAAGGGCUACCAUCUGGUCUUCCAUCCCCAGAGCGGCUUCACCUGCGUGUCUCCCUGCAGUGAGGGUUACUGUGAGCACGGAGGCCAGUGCCAGCACCUGCCCGAUGGGCCCCGAUGCAGCUGUGAGCCCUUCUCCAUCUACACGCCCUGGGGCAAGCGCUGUGAGCACCUGAGUUUGAAACUCGGCGCCUUCUUCGGGAUCCUUUUCGGGGCCUUGGGCGCCCUCCUGCUGCUGGGGGUCGUGCUGUUUGUGCUCCUGCGCUUCUGGGGCUACAGGAGCCGUUUCUCCUACGCGCUGGGCUCCAAAGCUGAGGCCUUGCCCCGACCGGGCUGCGGUGGCCUAUGA